AAUCGGAAGACGCCAUCUUGUGUACCUACCUUGGGUUUCUAUAACAAAUGUUUAAACCCUCACAGGUAUGUCCGUUAGAGUGCUUUACUGUUCCAACGCCUUAGCAUCACCAUCAUCCGUAAUAAUGCCGUGAGUAUAUUGGCUUGCUUCAAUAAGUUCUGAUAACCCUUAUGGUAUGCGAUCGAUUGAUGCACUUGAGUGUUGAAUUGAUGUUUGGUUUUCUGUUUUCUAUUUUUUUUCUUCUUCUUUUUUCGCACAUGAUUAUAAAAAAAGAAUGUUAAAACAAUUUGUCGAUUUGAACAUGAGCGUUUCAAACGCCACCACUUUACUACGCUUGGAAGAAAGAGAUAAAAGAUUGAGAGGGAUGGAUAGAGAGGGAGACAGACAGAUGGAAAGAAAGAGAGGGUGAAACUGAUGAGAGAAAAUUUCAAACAAAAUAUAUUCAAAACUUGAAGUAAUGGGGCAGUCUGUUACAAAGCUGAAAUAUUCUAUCAUCAAAGUUCUCAAAUCAGAUCCAUCAGAAUAUCGAUGGCUUAAAGCCAUUGUAGGAUUUCCAAUCGGACUUUUUAUCAGUUUGGCAUUUUACGUAGUUAUUCUUAGCCAAUCAAGUUUACCCGUAUUGAUCCAGCAAUACCUAGGAGCAAUAUUUUGCAUAUUAUAUUCCUUUGGCUAUGCAUUUUCAGCACAAGUGCGAUGUAUGGCGUGGCUGGUUGUUCCCAAUUUAUUCGGAAGAGGGGGCCGUUCUUUUAUCCAUACAAUCGCUGUAAUGUAUUUAGUACAGGGGCCAAUCAAUAGUAUUGUGCUCAACGGUAAAAUAGUUGUUUCGUCUUUUAGAUGUGCAUCGGAACUGAUAAGGAACCAUUCUGUUUCAAGGUUCGAGUUCAGCCGAAAACCGUUGGAGACUGCUCUUUUUGAACUAAAAAAAUCAGAUAGCAAGCUGACAAAACUUUCUAACAAAAUGAAACAAUCGUUUAGUAAAAUAGAGGAUGAAAUAGAAAGCCAAACUGAAGUUAGAUCUUUGAAAGAAGAGACUGAAGCUAUCGAUAAAAACCAGCGAAAUGAGCCCCGCGUUGAUAUGAUAGAAAAUAAACGAAAAAUAGAAGCAGACGACACGGAUGCGGACACGAUCGAAAAGCGCUAUGCCAAAAAGAGUGAUUAUCGCUGUCAAAGUAUCUUCAACAGUGGCAUCAAUAACUGCAAACAAGCAAUCGACAACAUAUAUAACAAAUGUAUAGAUAAAGUUAAAGUUAUUGGCCCGAUUGUUUGUCAAAUCGUCGCUUUCAAUUUCGUCUGCAAUGUAUUUAAGCUUGUUCCAAAUCUUAUUGGAUACACUUGCGAUUCGAUGCCUGUCUUAGGAACAGGAUUUGGGGAAGUCUACGUACAGGAAAAAGCUAUGUUAGAUAGUUUUGGUUCAAACGACCAAUUGAAUUUCCAAUACAAAGUUAUCGAUCCGGAAAGACGAGUGAACAUAACUACACUCAAAGAACUCCAGAAAAGCAUCAUGCACACCUUCAAGAAACGACAAGUUUGGAUAAAUUUUUUCCAAGAUAUGUUGAUGAAUAUCUUAGGAUUCACUUUUCUUCUAAUACUCGUCCAUUCCUACAGCUAUACAAAGAACUAUCUUGUGGAUUUAAACUUCGAUAAUAUCUACAUAACUGCUUACUUCCGGAGAAUUGACAUACGUAGAGCUAUGGCUGGUAAAAUGACAUUGCUUCCUUUGCGGAAAUUUGAAGAGAAUACUCUCGUUACUCCUUUAAGCUGCAGAAUAUUAAAAGGAGAAAGAAAGAAAAUCAUCAGCGGUACAUUGAUGCUGAUUGUUCGUUAUGUGGUGAUUCUUAAUAUUGUAAUGUUUGAUUGGAUCAUUUAUACCGUUCUUAAUAUCAUCAAAAACCAAAGUCGAAUUGAUUAUCACCAAAAGGGUUUCCAGAAAAUCGAAGUUGCUAUUCUCGGAAGUGGUUUUAUGAGCGACAUAGUAAGGACAAUGCUGAAUAGUUUCACACAAAAACACACGAUUGACGAAAUUACCACCAAUUUCCUUUGUCUACCUAAACCAGUUAAGACUGAUAAACGUAUUAUAUACCAAACUCUGGCUUUUUAUAUUGCCGUCUGGUUUCUCAUGUUAUCAGAGUCGUUUGCUCUACGAUUACGCCGUCUGAUUGCUGCAUUUUUCUUUCGUCGUCGAGAGAAAUCCAGAAUCCUUUACCUUUAUAAUAGCACACUAAAAAAACGGCGGGGUUACAUCAAUUAUAUGAAGGAAUAUGUUAGUAGUUUAGCCAAACAAAAAAGACUUGCAGAAAAACACGGGUUGAUAAAUGCACUAAUUCGUACUUUUCCACGACUAGACUCCUGUCUGAAAAGACUGCCUGGAAUGAAACCAGUUUGUUUAAUAUGUGCUGACAAAUUGAAAAAUGGUGCUGGUCAACUGUGCAGCAACAUGAACUGUAUGUCGCGAUAUUGUUCGGUUUGUUGGUGUGAUAUGGAAUAUCGUUGUUAUGCAUGUCCGUAAGCAUGUCGAAUAUUUAUAGUUAAA